AUGUCGAAUUCAACAUCACAAACGGCAUCGUCAUCAUCAUCAAAUACUGGAGUAAAACGGUCAGCUGCCUUUGAUUUAGAUGAGCAAACGAAAAAAAUGAAGAUAGAAACGCCUACAUUGGAAAGAAAAUGUUCGGUUCAACCUGUUGCAAAAAAUAUUCCGACGAAUUUUGUUAGUGCACGAACAUUGAUGAAUGCACCUAUUCCAGAAAUCAGCGACGAAGAACUGUUAGUAUUUACGCUCGAAUUUGAACGUGUUAAUUGGCAUUUAUUGAUCGACUUAUUGAACAAACAUCACACAUACGUAUAUUCGUAA